GCGGAUAUUUCAGCGAAUUUCAUCCUGUCAGACGGCAAACCGGUGUAAAAUAUGUGUGAAACUUGAAUUAUAUUUCGGGUAGACCAACAUUUAUCGUUUUGUUUGUAUAUUGGCAAAGCCAUUUUGUUGGGUUUAAAGAUUGCUGUACAAAUGUCAUUGUCGGUCCGAGAGUAUUUGGCUGUUCCGUCUUUUUGUGCUUUCUCGUGAGUUUAGAGGGGACAGUCAGGAAAACAAACAGAUCGAACGAAGAAAGAUCGAUAGCCGGUCGGUUGAAGAGGUUAUUUGGCGGGGAAUGACUCGCUUUCAUGCAUUCCUUAAUCGGUGCUUGUUGCUUUUCCUACACAUAUUAGUGCUUUCGUAUAUCAUUCGUUUUGAACCGUGGUAGCAGCAGAGUAUAGUCUAUCCGCUUCGGUGUUGUGUUUUAAUGUCCAUGUUUACAAUAUCAAUUUUAGCUUAUUCGACGUUCAUCGAUAGAUAUUUACCGCUUCAAAUUCGGUGUUAAACAUUUAUCGCUAUGCAUACGAGGCGUUUGGUAAAGCGUUCGAUCCUGGGGAGCCGAGUGUUUACGCCGAGUCCGACAGGGGACGGGGCUCCGUUGACAGGAGUGGUACAGGCUGUCAAGCAGCAGGAAAACAGAGACGUUUUAUCCGGACCCCGGCGUAACGUCUACAUGGUGUUAAUGCAAGACGGAAGCCUGAAAGAAUUCUCAGAGGACGAGAUAGCCGUGGGCUUCAACCAAACGACGGCGAAAGGACCGCUCAGAUCGAGCUUGAAGGUGUGUGUGACUGUGUGUGUGUGUGUGUGUGUGUGUGUGUGUGUGUGUGUGGCCGGGGAGCCUGCUGUUAUUGUUGUUCAGCGGUGUUUUGCAGCGUUUAAUCGCUUCGUGCACAGACAGAGCUCCUGGAACGGCCGAGGGAACGGGGCUCCUCUGCAGAGCCAGACCAUGGAGCCCCAGAAGGGGGAGGCCAACUCCCUGAGCCCAGAGGCGUUGAAGGGGGAGCGGGGAGCAGACGGAAGGAGGACGGGGUGCCCCCUUGAGGGUCCAGAGAGGGACCACACCCGCUCUGUUUCCCUGCUGGAGCAGAAACGCAAGGUGGUGUCAUCCAGCAUUGACGUGCCCCACGUCAGGAAGUCAGAGGAGGAAGUGGACAUGGAGAAGGUGACAGCUGCCAUGGUUCUGACCAGCCUGUCCAGCAGUCCGCUGGUCAGGAGCCCUCCCGUCAAAGUCAGUGAGUGUCUGAAUGGCUCGUGGAAGGACCGCGGUGGAGGCUUCACCCCCUCCAGUUACAGCAGCAGUGGCUAUUGGAGCUGGAGCGGCCCUAGUGACCAGUCCAACCCGUCCACCCCCUCCCCACCGCUCUCCGCAGACAGCUUCAAGCCUUUCCGUAUGUCCAGCAUCAACGGCCCGCCCCCCGACGACGCCAUCGACGAACAGGACGGCAGCAGCCUGCUCUUCGACGAGCCAAUCCCACGCAAGCGCAAGAACUCCAUGAAGGUGAUGUUCAAGUGUCUGUGGAAGAACUGUGGGAAGGUUCUGAGCUCUGCUGCUGGGAUACAGAGACACAUCCGGACCGUUCACCUGGGGCGUAACUGUGACUCUGACUGCAGUGACGGAGAGGAGGAUUUCUACUACUCAGAGAUCAAACUCAACACAGACUCAGUGGCUGACGGUCUGAGCAGCCUGUCCCCCGUCUCCCCCUCCGUGCUGUCCCCCGUCCCUCCCUCCAAUGACCGCCACAGACGACCCCCCGCAGAGGGCAGCAACGGGUCCAGUGGGAACAAGGAGAACCACAGCCACGCCCACUCAAACACCACGCCCCUCAGUCGCUCCGCCCCCAGCGCCCUCUACCUCAUCCACACUGACCACGCCUACCAGGCCACAUCUCCAGUCACCAUCCCCUCCACUGGGUCAGGCUCGGACUCUGGCUCUGCUGCCUCCACCUCCUUCACCCCCAGCAGCAGCUCCAACUUCAGCAUCUCCUGGCAGUCACCUCCUGUCACCUUCACUGGCACCGCUGUCUCUCCCACUCACAGUCGGACUCAGAGCUUUGGGGAGCAGCGGCCCCACACCAUAGCAGUCCUCUCCUCCCCUCCCAGAGCCACUGGCUCACUCAGCCGUAAGUCCCGUGGCGAGGGUAAGAAGUGUCGUAAAGUGUACGGGAUGGAGAACAGGGACAUGUGGUGCACCGCCUGUCGAUGGAAGAAAGCCUGCCAGAGAUUUACUGACUGAUUUACUGACUGAACCAACCAAGGAACCAACCGACCAACCACUGAGGGUUGCUGCCUGCCUUUCGCCAUGGAAAUCAGAGGUGUUCCUUUCUGUUCCCUUCCUAUGCAUGCGUUAACGUCGCUCCAAAACCAAUUAUCGGUCUACUCCAUUCCAAACCGACCUCUCCCUAACCCGACCGCCUAUCAGAACCAACAGGGUGGAGCCUACUACUGUCCUGAGUGAAUCCCAAGUUAACUCCAGCUCCCUCCCACUUCCAACCUGGGAAGCACCAA